AUGUCCGUCAGAUCAAUCGAUGGUCCACCGAAAAACAACGAACGAAGGAGAUGGUUAAUCUACUGGGUUUUGUUUAACACUGUCUUGCUUCUCGAAUCGCUUUUUGGAUUUGUUUUGAUGCUCCUGCCUGGUUACACCAUUAUAAAAGGAUUGUUAUUUACCUGGUGUAUGUCUCCCUUGCAAGAUCACGGAUGUCUAUUUUUAUAUUCCUUGGUGAGGCCAUUAUUGUUGAAACCUGUUCAAUUGAUUGAUUUUUACGUUACAGAUGUCACUCACUUAAUCCAAUGCCUUAUAUAUGAAAACGAACGUAUGGCUGGUACAGGAGAAAGAAAUAGUUCACAUGAUGCGGAUGAGGCCAAAAACACAAAAAUUGAAUGA